AUGCAAAGUAACCUUAUUUUCGAAAAAUCAAAUAUCUAUCCAGGGCUCAGUAAAUUAAAAAAGAGAAAUAAACCACCCUCAUCAAAAACGAAUCUAAAAGAUUACCGGACUCGAAAUGGACUCGGGCUCGGACUCGGUCAAGCAAUAUUUCCUAACGAUCCUUUACCAAAACUUGAUGAAGAAUUUUAUGAAUUUUGUUAUAUUCUCUCAUCAACAAAACGAUCGACUGGCUCUUCGAUACCAUUUCAAUUAAAUUGUUUAGAUGAUGAUAUUUGUGUCUACAAUCGAGACAAUGAGCACAAUCAAGGUCAUCAAUCGACUCUUGCUGUGAAUAAACGUAGUGGCAAUGAUUUAGUUACUAUCGAUUUAAUUAAUGGUGAAACAAAUGGAGAUGAUUCCGAUUUUAUUGUGAUUCAAACUAAACACACACACACAGAAAAGAAACUAAAAAAUGAUUAUAAACAUGUGUUAUUAAUAAAUCGAAAAUUAGAAAAAGAAAAUGAUCAAUUAAAAAUGAAAAUGGAUCACACUGAACUGCAAUCAAAUGAAAUUAUUAAGAAAAUGAAUCAGGAUAUCAUCGCCAGAGAAAAACAAUAUGCAUCUCUCACUGGCGAAUUGAAAAGUUACAGUCAAGAUGAAAUCUCGUUAAAAUCUACUUAUUUGAAAUGUCGUGAACUUUGUUCAACACAAACUGAAACAAAUCAGAUAUAUGCAUUGAAACUCGCAGAAUUGGAAACAAAUGCGCAAAAAGCUCAACUUAUUUACGAUGAUACAAGUGAAAAAUUACAACAACAAACACAAACAUGCAUAGCACACCCUAUUUGCGGGCCUAUGAUGCGUGUUUCGUCAUUACCAUUUCGUUUAUUAGCAUUGGAAUAUGGUGCUGACAUUGUUUUCUGGGAACAAUUAAUUGAUUUUCGAUUGAGUAAUUGUAUUUCUUGUCAUUCUAGACAAAUGGCGUUUCAACAACAUCAGUUUACAGUAGAAGGUGGGAGAUUGAUGAUAAACUACUCGUGUUGUGCUGAAUCAUCAAAAAUGAGUAAUCAGCUAAAGCGUGUAGCCAUUAUCGGCUCGGGAAACUGGGGUUCAACAAUCGCAAAAAUCGUCGGUAAUAAUAUCAAAAACUUUGGAGCAUGUGAAAAUGAAAUUAAAAUGUAUGUUUACGAAGAAAUGAUUGAUGGCAAAAAAUUAACAGAUAUUAUUAACCAAGAGCAUGAAAAUAAAAGAUAUUUACCGGGACAUAAACUGCCAGAUAAUGUUGUUGCAUGUCCCGAUGUGGCUGAGUCAGCUAAAGAUGCUGAUAUUUUAUUAAUUGUACUUCCUCAUCAGUUUAUUGAGCGAACAUGUUCGACAAUGAAAAAUCAAAUUAAGAGAACUGCCUUUGCUGUCUCAUUUUCGAAGGGUUUUUAUGUAAAUAAGGACAAAAAAGCUGAAUUAAUAUCCGCUGUCAUUAAUCGUCAGUUAGAUAUACCAUGUUACGUUUUAAUGGGUGCUAAUAGUGCUAAUGAAGUUGCAUCUGGUACAUUUUGUGAAGCAACAGUGGGAUCAAGAAAUUAUGAACAUGCACAAUUAAUCAAAGAUCUUAUUCAAACAGAUGGUUUUAGAAUUGUUAUUAAACCCGAUACAGAAGUUAUUGAAGUAUUAGGAGCGUUAAAAAAUAUCGUUGCUGUGGCCGCUGGGUUUAGCGAUGGAUUAGGUUUUGGUGAUAACACAAAAGCAGCUGUCAUUCGUUUAGGCUUGAAAGAAAUGGUCAAAUUUUGUGAAGAA